AUGUUCUCCUGCUGCGAUGCGAAAGGCGAUUCUGGCGGUUCGGACGUCCGCCAGGGCGAGUCGCGGGAUAAUGAACUCACAGAGUCGCUCAUAACGGCGUGCGGCAACGCGCCGCUGGAGGCGCUGGAGAUCGGGUCGCAAGCGCACGAUCCUGGCGACGUGUACGACGUUUUUCCGCUGCUGGCGAUGCCCCUGCGACUGCGGGGAUCUGGGCGAAACAGCAUGCCGAUUUCGUGGAGGAUCGUAACCAUCGCAGCGGACGACGAGCUGGUGACGAACGGGCAGCUGAAACAUUCCAUGCGCGAUUUGUUGGAUCGCGUUCGCGAGUGGGCGAAAAAGUCGGAGUCCUUUCGCGAAAUAGCGGGACCAGGUCGCUCCCCCAAUCUCUUCUUUGACGCCUCCCCAUCGGCCUCACCCGCAGAAGCAGCAAACAGAGAGGCGUGCAGAAGUCAAUCCGGACUUCAGUACUCCACAACUCAGAGCGAGGAGAGAGGGGCGUGUGGCGGCGGAAGCGGAGGAGCAUCGCUGAGAAGGAUCUCAAGAAUCAACGGUCGACAUUCAAAGUCUGAACGCGAGAAGAGAGGAGUGGAGGAACCGGAGGAGAAAUGGGGAAAGUCGGCAAGGGAAGCAGAUGAAAGGGAGCAAGUGGAGAAAGCAGCAAGUCAAGCCCGGGAGGCAGAGGAAGGGGAGGAAGUAGCAGAGCAGAGGGAGCAAGUGCGGGAAGCGGUGCAAGCAGUGCUGCAUGCACACAGCACGUGGCGAAUCUUCUGCCCCACUCUGCACCGACCUGCUCUCAAGCGCCUGGAGAAUCAUCACCGUGGCCGCUCGCACCUGCCCGAAAAAGGCCAUGGCAGCUCUCACCUGCCCGAGAACCACCAUGGCGGCUCGCACCUGCUUGGGAACCAGCAGCAGCAGCUACAGCAGCAGGAGCGACAGAAUAAGCUUGUGCGCAGCCCUGUAUUGUCAUGCCACUCUUCUUCCAGUGCUCUGCCGGCUCUCUCUUGGUCCUUCUCGUCCUCUCCUUCUUCUCCCUCUUCCUCUCCCUCGUCUUCUCCCUCACAUUCGGCCUCGUAUAAGGCAGCUUCGUUGCCGUCUAAGGCUGCAUGCUCCAGCCGGGCGGCGUAUCUAACCCGCCAAAGCAGAUCUGAUACGGACAUCAGUGCCAUGGGCGUGUGGAGGCUGAUUGCUCCUCAAGAGAGCUAUGGGCUUCCGGGGCUGCCCCUCCCACUCUCCUUCUGGGUUGACUCUAAAGUUACACCUGCCUCCUCGAUCCCCUCCUCUCACUCCCUCAUCUCGAUCCCCUCCUCUCACUCCCUCAUCUCGAUCCCCUCCUCUCACUCCCUCAUCUCGAUCCCCUCAUCCCACUUUCUCAACUCAAUCCCCUCCCUUCACUCCAUCUCAAUCCCCUCCCUUCACUCCAUCUCAAUCCCCUCCUCUCCCUCCCUCAUCUCAAUCCCCUCUCACUCCCUUGCCCCUAUCCCCUCCUCUCACUCCUUCAUCCCAAUCCCCUCCUCUCACUCUCUCUCACUCCACCACCGGGCCUCCAUCCCCCUCUACUCACCGUUCCAGCGUACAAUCAGGUGGUAG